CGAAUGGCACUGUGACCUUAGGAGAUUUUAUAAAAUAUAAUUUUGGGCAGUUUGGAAUCCGCCGAGGGCCAGUCACCGGAGGCCAAGGUAGUCUAUAAAGUACGGUCACUUCGUUAACUUAGAGCCAUCGAGUUUUAGCUUCCUGUCUUCCAUUACCGGAACUUGAAGCAACUCAGAGUCUUGAGACAGAGACAAACAUGGAAUCCAAUGAGUUUGAGCAUCGUAACAUUCUCUAAUCUUUGAAACUUGCUCUGUUGUGUUUUUAAAGUGAGUUUCAAACUGGGUUUAGUUUAAUUGUUUUGUUUUUAGUGUAUGAUAAUUUAGAUUUGUGAGUGGAUUUGAUGGAAAAGGAAGUCUUACUGGAAAGUUGUCGUCUUGAAGGUGUGUGGGAGUAAUUGUAAGAAGGAAUUAGAUUGGUUUAGAGUUAGUGAAAGUCGAAAGUGGAGUUAAUAGAAAUGGGUUUGUUACUUCUAUGUUCAACGGGGCCACCACUAAAGCGGAGAGCUGGGUUGAGGAUAAAACAGGCGGGACGAGGCUCAUAUCGUGGUAGCUAGAGAAGAUUUUUGUGGUAUUUAUUUGGGUAAAUUGCUUUUGUGUUAGAAAUCUUUGUGUUUUUCUCUCGAGUUAAUCAGAUGGGAACUACUGCUUUGAGGCAAUUAUUCAAGAGUUUUUGCACCAAUUUAUCUUGGAAUUAUGCUAUGUUUUGGAAGCUGAACCAUCAGGCCCAUAUGGUCUUGAGCUGCGAAGAUGGAUUUUGUGAUUUUGUAAAAGUGAUCUCUGAAGACAUCUAUUGUACUGGUGCUAAAGAAUUAUUCCCUUCACACAGUGGAAAAAAUGUAGAAGGUGGUGAUUAUGGGGGAUGUUCAAUUGGGUUAGCGGUGGCUAACAUGUCAACUCUUCAUUAUACCUUGGGAGAGGGAGUUGUUGGUGAAGUGGCUAAUACAGGGAAUCAUUUUUGGUUUUUUAAUGAUAAUGUUUCUACUGGCAAAUUCAAUUCUAACUUAGUUCAGGAGUGUCCUGAAGAAUGGCUGCUUCAGUUGGCCUUGGGUAUCAAGACUAUUUUGCUGGUACCUGUACUUCCGCAUGGAGUUCUGCAGCUUGGCUCAUUAAAAGUGGUUGCUGAGGAUCAGGUAUUGGUAGCAUAUAUCAAAGAUAGAUUCAUGUUUUACAGUGCUUGCAGAAAUGUUGUACCUUCUACCUUAGGGAGAGAAAUCCAAAAUCAACCAUCAUCAACCCUACAAUCUGAUAUCAUCAAUAGCUUAGAUAAACCAUCAUCUUCUACCAUUUGCCCUGUCAAAUCUCAAGAAUCAGAUACUGUUGGCAUUGGUGAGCCAAAUAAAAUUGUGCUGUCAUCUUUGGAUCAGGUUGCGCCAUUGUUAACUUUUCAGGAUGCACACAAAACAUAUGGGGAGCACCUCUCGGGAUGUGAGAACAAGCCACUAGUUGGCUUCAAUAAAGUAUCAGAAUCACCAAGUCAUUUUAUCGAUGCCAGUGAGUUGGAAUUAGUGGAGAGUAAGUUGUUUGGAUUAUCUUGUCUGGAAGAAGAAUUACAGGCAUAUUCUUCAUAUCCUGUCGGAGAUACAAUGGAACAGCUAUUUGAAAAUAAGAUCCUAAAUGAUACAGUUCACAACAGUUCAGCCAGUUUCCUUAGCUUCCCCAGGGAUUGUGAGUUACACAAAGCACUUGCACCAACUGUUGAGAGACAUACCAAUGAAUAUUUGUGGAAAUCAUCUUUCUCAAUGGAUAAGACAUGUAGCGGCUCAAGUUUGAUCUCCAAUAGUAAUCUGUCUAGUGAAUUUGAGCCAUCAUGGUUUGCAAAAGAAGGUGAUACAGAAUAUCUGUUGGAAGCUGUUGUUGCCAAUGUAUGUAGCAGUUUGGAUGAAACUUCCGAUAUAUGUAAUAGUGUCAGGUCGUCUUUAACUUUGCUGGAACAAUUUGUUUCUGUGCAACCACAAAGCAAAUAUAAGGCAAGUGUGCUGAUUGGGGAUGAUUCAGUUUCCCAGAGCCAUUUUACAUCCUCUUGUAUUGCUGGAGAGAGAAUUGAAUGCUCUCCAACUUUGACUACUAUCAAGAGUACAAUGGGCACAGUUAUUGACAAAGAAAAGCUGGAAAAAGAUUCCAAGUACAUGCAGCCCAAGAAGGAAUCAAAGCCAUCCUCUGCCAGCAGAAAAAGGGCUAAGUCAGGUGAUAACCGAAAAAAAAGGCCCAGGGAUAGACAGCUGAUCCAGGACCGGCUCAAGGAACUGCGGGACCUUGUUCCAAAUGGCUUCAAGUGUAGCAUAGAUGGCCUCUUAGAGCAAACCAUAGAGCAUAUGCUGUACUUGAGAAGUGUAACUGACCAGGCGGAGAAGUUGAGACAAUGGGUGUAUGACGAGAUGGGUGCCCGCAAGGAUUUAAGAUCAUCGGAAACCUCAGAUAGAAACCAAAGUGGGACAACUUGGGCUUUUGAAUUGGGAAAUGAUGUCUUGUUGUGCCCCAUAGUUGUUGAAGAUCUUGCAUGCCCAGGACACAUGCUUAUAGAGAUGCUAUGCAACGAGCAUUGUCUAUUUCUUGAGAUUGCUCAGGUGAUCCGAAGUUCUCAACUGACCAUCUUGAAGGGUGCCAUGGAAAGCCGUUCAAACAACACAUGGGCACAUUUCAUUGUUGAGGCAUGGAAGGGAUUUCACAGGACAGACAUUUUCUGGCCUCUGAUGCACCUCUUACAACGCAAAACAAAUUGCAAGAUCUAACGUGCUUGUCUUACAAAGUAGAAUGCUGUACUGAAAAAAUUCAAUUGACAAACAUCUUUGAAUUGCUAAAAUUUGGAUUGCCAAAUCUAAUGGACAUCUAUUGUAUUAAUACAAGUUUUAUCAUGUGUAAAGAGUAAUCAAAUUUCCACUGC